CAACACACUUUUCCAUUGUCCGCCCGUGUGGCUCGGAUCCAUGCAGCGCCCGCGGUGAUUGGAAGUGGGCCGCCCAGGCAGUGCGAUCAACCUGUCCACCACCUGCAGGCGGCAAACCGUCUCACUGUGCGGGGAUGACAGCUGUAUCUCUGACUAGGAGGGGUACGCCUCUUAUAGCUAGCUUGCCCACCGUUUGUCUACUACUUGAUUCCUCACUCGAAUAAUUACAUUCAUCAUGGCUAUAGAUUUCACGACCUUCUACAAUGUCAUCGACAACGAAUUGACGUCGACAGCGCAAACCCGUCAUGGAAUUAACCCGGCCACCGGGCAGCCCAACCCUCAGGUGCCUCUCACUCCGGACGAGGAUAUUGACCGUGCAGUGGCAGCAGCCGGUCGGGCGUUCCGCACAUGGUCCCGGACCUCGUUUUACGAGCGCCGCGCUGCCAUCCAUGCCUUUGCCGAUCUCAUUGAGACACACACGGAACCAUUCGCGGCCUUACUAACCCAGGAGCAAGGCAAGCCACUGAGCCAAGCAACAACCGAAGUAUCCAUGGCCCUGCAAUGGGCGCGAGGGCUCAGCAAUCUCACCCUUCCGGAGACUAUCCUGGAGGAGACCGAGGAUCUGCAGGUCAUCCAGCGGUAUACCCCAAUCGGGGUCUGCGCCGCCAUCGUACCCUGGAACUACCCCCUGCUAUUAGCCGUCGGCAAGAUCGUGCAGGCUGUCUACACGGGCAACACCGUCAUUGUCAAGCCAUCCCCAUACACCCCGUACUGUGACCUCAAGCUUGCCGAACUCGCCACCCAAUGCUUCCCUCCGGGCGUGGUGCAGGCGCUCAGCGGGGACGACGAGCUAGGCCCGGUGCUCACUGGACACCCCGACAUCCAAAAGAUCAGCUUCACGGGAUCAGCAGCCACCGGCCAGCUGGUCAUGGCGACUUGCGCCAGAACGCUGAAAAAGCUCACGUUGGAGCUAGGCGGGAAUGACCCUGCGAUUAUCUGCGAAGACGUGGACAUUGAUGCCGUGGUUCCCAAGGUGGCCGUUCUCUGCUUCCUCUGCUGCAGUCAAAUCUGCAUGAUGAUAAAACGUCUCUAUGUGCAUGAGAAGAUCUAUGACGAAUUUCGCGACAAGCUUGUCCAGUUCGUCCAAGCCCUCAAAAUGGGCGAAGGCACGGAACCCGACGUUUUCUUCGGACCCGUGCAAAACAGCAUGCAGUUCAACAAAGCCAACAACUUUCUCAGGGACAUUAAGAACAGCGGUCUAACUGCCAUCUCCAGCCAUGUCCCCAACCCAUCCGGCUUCUUCAUCCCGCCCACCAUCGUCGAUAACCCACCUGACAGCUCCCCGGUGGUGUGGCAGGAGCAGUUUGCCCCGAUUCUGCCCAUUCUCAAAUGGUCGGAUGAAGCGGACGUGCUGGCGCGCGCCAACGACUCGGUGUAUGGACUAGCGGCAUCGGUGUGGUCUCGCGAUUUGCAACGCGCACGACGCAUGGCCGACCAGCUGGAGGCGGGUUCGGUGUUUGUGAACACACACUUUGAAUGUGCCCCAUAUGCGCCAUUUGGGGGAUACAAGCAAAGCGGCAUGGGGACAGAACUAGGGGUGAAUGGAUUGAUCGGAUAUUGCAAUUCGCAGACGCUGUGGUUGCGAAAGGCCUAGCUAGCAUACCUACCAGAAACCAUUUCACUCAUCUAC